AUGGCUCCACAGAUAUACACUUCCCUGGUUCUAAUAUUGUUUGCAGGUUUUACAUAUGGUUAUCAAUUGAAUGUAGGAGGUAAAGAUGGUUGGGUAGUAAACCCUUCUGAGAGUUACACUCACUGGGCUCAAAGAUUGAGAUUUCGAGUUAACGAUACCCUCUUGUUCAAAUACGAGAAAGGAAUGGAUUCGGUGCUGGAAGUGAAUAAAGAAGAUUUUGACAACUGCAACACCAAUAAUCCAGAGAUGAAAAUGGAAGAUGGCGUUUCGAUCUUCAAAUUUGAUCGAUCAGGGCCUUUCUAUUUCAUCACGGGGAACAAAACCAACUGCUAUAGAGGUCAAAAGCUUAUCAUUGUUGUCUUGGCUGUGAGAAUGCCACCACAUGCUCAGCCACCCUACACCACCCAUGUUCCUUCACCAUCUCCGGCCGAACCACCUGUCAACGCCCCAGCACUGGCUCCAGACACCGUUGUCGCCCAUCCACCCGUUGCAUCGCCGCCACAUCAUUCAUUUGCUUCACCACCAGCAUUUACUCCAUCAGUUGUACUGGUGUCAACAGCUUCACUUGUCUUAAGCCUGGGUUUUGGUGGAUUUAUUGUCUCCUCUUAA